CUCUCCCGUUUUUGAGAAUCUAGUGGUACAAUCCCAGCAAGUUUCCCAGGGUCAGGGGAGGAGCUACGAUGGGAUUGGAUGGUCGCGUCUGCUUUUGGCCAGCCGAUUACGGUGUGUAGUUAGCGGUUACAUUCCUAUAGUAUUGUGCGCGUGGAGAAGUUACUCACUAGGUUUUAGAAGCGCGGCUACUGACCGUGAAGUGACACUCAAGAAAAAAGGAGUCUGGUGUUAUUUUUACUCCUCUUUACUUUGAAGACUUGUGGUGUGAGAGGGGCGGCGGCUCCUGGGCUGGACAGAGUCGAAAACUCCCGGUUCCACCGGUGCCGCCCGCCCGGUAUGUGUGUUUGUUCUCCCGACCGUUUUUAUGAGAAGGGUUCUGGGAGAGGGACUGUUUACAUUCUCUUUUUCCCCAAUGCAGAGAAACCGCACAGAAGAAAUCUAAAAAAUUGCCCAGGUUUCCACCACCGUUUGUUGCUCCUUAGGGUUUUUCCUCAAUGUUGAUCCCGAUUGCUGCUGCCUUGGUUGCUCUAUGUGUUUAUGGACGGCCUCCAAGGGAUGUACCUCAGCAGCAACAAGCUCUACUACCGCAGUCCUGUGGACAGAACAAGCCUUCUUCAGAUUUCUAGAUUUUAUCUACUGCCCCGAUACAGUUCACUGAACUCUGCCCUACCAGCAUCUGAAGGGCAGCUAUGGAUGUGGAUCCUGGAGCACUACAGAUUCUGCUUUGUGUAACAUUUGCUGCUUUCUUUUCUUAUGUCACAUCAGGUGCUGUGCAUCCUUUUCCAGUUCCUCGCUUUACAUCUGAGCCCCUUUCUAUAGUACAGAAGAUUGGUGGGAAAGUGCAAUUACAAUGCACUGCAGAACCAUCUACAGCACAUAUUUCCUGGUGGUUCAAUGGACAAAGGCUUGACCUCCUGCUGGACAGGAUGAUUGAGCUGCAGGCAGGAUCAUUAAUUAUUCCAUCUUUACAAACCUCUCAUGUUGGACAGUACCAGUGUGUUGCCAGCACGGAAGCUGGAGCUGUAAUAAGUGUGCCUGCCAUUGUCUCCACUGCCAGUCUUAGUGAUUUUGAGGAUGUAUCCUUGGAAACGCUGACAGUGGCUGAAACUCAGACUGGUUUCAUCAGGUGUAACAUCCCAGUAAGCAACCCUAAGGCACUUGUUCGUUACCGUAUUCGAGGAAAAUGGCUUGAAAACUCAACAGAUAACUACCUGAUCCUUCCAACUGGAAAUCUUCAAAUACACAAUGUUUCUUCCAAGGACAGAGGGGUGUAUAGAUGUGCAGCUUAUAACCCUGUAUCCCAUGAGACAAAAAUGGAACCUGCUGGACACAAAAUAGUAGUCAGACGCCCCACAACAGAUGUUCAGCUGUUGUAUCCUACUUCUGUUCUGGUACUGACAGUUCUGCAGCACAACUCUGUAACUCUGGAGUGCGUUGUUAACAAACUGUCUGGCUUUCACGUCAGAUGGUUGAAGGAUGGUCAGGAUGCCCUUGUGGAAACGAACCGGCAGCUGCUUCACACCCACCUGACCAUAGAAUCUGCAGGCUUAGCUGAUGCAGGGCACUACUCAUGCAUAAUAGAAGUAGAUGCAGGAGAGAUGCUGUAUGCCAACUAUACAGUGGAGGUUCAUGAACCAGCAUCGAUCAUUAAAGGAUUGCAAGAACAUACAGUGCCUGUAGGGUCAACUGUACAUUUCAACUGUGACAUCCAUGGAAACCCUUUUCCCAAUAUCACCUGGUUCCAUAAUACGGUACCCAUCUACUCUUCCCAGAGACACAUGGUGUCUUCCAGCAGACUUCAGAUCAUUGGAGUGAGUGCACAGGACUCGGGGGUAUAUCAGUGUUUUGCUAACAAUAGGUUUGGUUCCACACAGUCAGCUGGAGUCUUAUACAUUCAAGCAGGUGAAGGUUUAAGACCAACAAUAUUAUCUCCUCCAGUCAGUGUCAAAGUAGUUGAAGGUCAACCAGUCACCUUGUCCUGUGGUGCUGCAGGAGAACCUCAGCCAGUGUUGCGUUGGUACGACAGUCACGGGCCAGUCACAAGCCACCCAUCUCAAGUCCUUCGGUCAAAGUCCAACAAGUCCUCUCAGAACAGAGGCAGAGCUGCUGUUUUGUUCCCCCACCAUCUUACAUUGUCUCAGGCUGGAUCAAGUUCUCUCUACAUUCGGGCUGUUGCUGUGGAGCAUGCUGGAAAGUACAUAUGUGAAGCAACCAAUGACUAUGGCAAAGCAACAGCAGAAGCAUUCCUCACAGUUGUUCCAGCAAAAAGAAACACAAAACCAGAAAAGAUCACUCCACUUCAACGAGCAAGUGAACUUGCCCAAAGUGAUGAAGAAGAUGGGGACUUUGAUUUGGAAAUGAAGUCAGCACAGCCAUCUUUAAGUGAAGUAGCAGCUACAGCACAGACAGAAAAAUUAGUUAGUGAUGUCUCUCCUCCUGAAGCUCCAGUCAUCCUGAGCUUACCACAAACCACAAAGCCUGACAUGUAUGAUCUGUUAUGGAGGCCAGGACAUGAUGGAGGCUUGCCCAUUAAUGCCUACUUUGUAAAGUAUCGGAAGCUGGAUGAUGGUGGAACAAGUGUAGGGAGCUGGCAUACAGUACGUGUCCCUGGCAGUGAAAACAAGCUACAUAUCUCUGAGCUUGAACAUUCCAGCCUGUAUGAGGUUCUUAUGGUUGCAAGGAAUGCUGCUGGUGAUGGUCAGCCUGCAAUGCUAACUUUCCGUACUAGCAAAGAGAAAACAUCAUCCUCAAAGAAAAGCACCAAAACAUUGCCAUCAACAACUGGGGUUCCUAGGUAUCCGGUUAUGGAUGUCCUGAAAAGUGAUCCAGUAAAGAGUCCUGAUCCAUCACGACAUAGUGGAGUUCCAGAAGCUCCAGACCGCCCCACCAUCUCUGCAGCUUCUGAGACGUCCGUGUAUGUCACAUGGAUUCCACGUGCCAAUGGCGGCUCUCCAAUCACAGCAUUCAAAGUUGAGUACAGACGUGUAAAGCCUAGUAGUGAAUGGCUGAUUGCUGCAGAUAACAUUCCUCCUUCCAGGCUGUCUGUGGAAGUUAGUAGUCUGGAGCCAGGUGCAAUUUACAAGUUUCGUGUGAUUGCCAUCAACAGUCAUGGUGAGAGUGCUCACAGUACUGUAUCGAGGACAUAUCAAGUUGCCGGAUUCAGUAACCGUUUCACAACACGUCCCACUACAGGUCCUCACAUUGCCUACACAGAAGCCAUCAGUGACACACAAAUUAUGCUGAAAUGGACAUACAUUCCUUCUCUCAACAACAACACCCCUAUUCAAGGAUUCUAUAUUUACUACCGUCCAACGGACAGCGACAAUGAUAGUGAUUAUAAGAGAGAUGUUGUGGAAGGUAACAAGCAAAAGCAUCUCAUCAACCAGCUGCAGCCAGAGACAUCAUAUGACAUUAAAAUGCAGUGUUUCAAUGAGGGAGGGGAGAGUGAUUAUAGCAAUGUUAUGAUUUGCGAAACAAAAGCUAAACGCCCACCUGGUGCCGAUGCCUACCCUCCUGUCUUAAGCAAAGACCCCAGCAUAGUACCUAACUCAGAACCACCAGAGAGCAGUGGGGGAGGGAGCACUACAGUCAGCCGUACUGGUAGUGACAUGUUGUACCUCAUUGUGGGAUGUGUCCUUGGAGUCAUGGUGCUCAUUGUGAUUGUGUUCAUCGCAAUGUGUCUCUGGAAGAAUCGACAGCAACAUAUUCUGCAGAAAUAUGACCCUCCUGGUUACUUGUAUCAGAGUGUGGACAUUAAUGGUCAAGUCAUGGAAUAUACUACUUUGCCUGGUACUAGUCGUAUCAAUGGCAAUAUACAUGGUAGCUUCAUUGGAAAUGGAACUGUUAGCAAUGGAUGUCCUCACCUCCACCAUAAAAUUCAUAAUGGAGUGAAUGGAAUUAUGAAUGGCGGGACUGGCCUAUAUCCUGGACACACCAACUCACUCUCCAGAGCACACAUGGAUUAUGAACAUUCCCACCAUUUCAUGAAUGGUGGAGGUAUGUAUACAGCAGUACCCCAGACGGACCCUGCAGAGUGCAUAAAUUGUCGUAACUGUCGUAAUAACAACAGAGUGGCUGUUCAUCACCAAGACAGUAUGGAGAUGGUGCCCCUAAAUCAUGUCAUAGUGCCUCGAUGUCCCGCUCUUGCCAGCACAGAGUGCAAAGAAGUAAUGGAAGAGGAUGACAGCAGAAAAGAUGAACUUCAUUUGCUCCCUUCACAGCACUCUUGUCAAGAACACCUACUUCAGCGAUGCACAGACAGUGUGGAAAGUAAUGCUUGCCAUCAUUCAGAAACAGGAAAUAAUAGCAUGAGUUGGUCUUUACAGCCAUUUUCCAAGGACUGUACUGAAAAUGUAACAUGGAUCACAACAGCCACAGCUCUAGACAGACCCACAGUGGACCUUAAACAGGCUCAGUUACAGGAGACCUGAAAGGGAACUUGCAUUCCUGUUCUGCAAGCCAGUAACUGCACAACAGUCACUGGAAAUGACUGAGAAGGGAGUCUUUUAAAUCUAUAAAAAUAUAUAUAAGGAAAAAACAGUCGCUAUUUAUUUUUUCUAGUAGUAAUGUUAUAUGAAUGUAUCAUGUUUUUAAAAAGUUUUUCUUUUUAUAUUAUUUAUGCUGUUUUGGAUGAGAUAUUCCCUGUUUUUAUUUCCACAAUGUGUGGAAUUAGCUUCUUUUGUAUAAAGUUUUGUAAAAAAAAAAAAAAAAAAAAGGAAAAAAAAAGUGUGAAGAGAAACUAUGGAUGAAGAUUAGUUUUUUGGACUUUUCCAGUGUUGACAUGUUGGAGCACUUCUACAGGAGAAUUUGAAGGUUUGUUACACAGACCUGCUACUCAUGUGACCCAGACUUGGAAAAUGGACUGCUGCUGCUUUGUGGAUCAUACUUAUUGGUCUAAAAAGAUUGAAGUACAGAUCAAAAGAUCUGUGGUGUUCUUGGGAGUGUCUAACUGUGGUAUCGCAGCUCUGUGUUACAAACACUCUAGAUAAUGCCCCAGUUAGACGAGAUGAAACAAAGCUGGGAAUCGUACAGAUGCUUCCAAGGGUUAUUCUCCCAGUGGAGUUCUUUAUUCGUUUCCUCUACACGCUUAGAAAUGUUCCUUUCUGCCCACUUCCAUCUUAUGUGAGCAGGUUGACAGAAGAAUAAAAUCUUACUGUGAAGACGCUGCCAGCCCAGGGGCAAAGCAGGCUGACUUUUGUCUCAAAGGAGUAUAGGGAUUUGGUUACAUCUUACAAGUGUAAUUGUUUUGCUCAUGUUAAACCUCUGGUUUAAAGGAAGAAGGAUUUGCACUUAUUCCUUGUCUUUCACAGCACUCUCCUGUUUGACCUUCACAUUGGUGGAACUAAAAUCAUGAGAGAGUCUGAACCUUUGUGGACUUGAAAUUGUAUUUAAGUGACAGUGGUUUUGUGCCUUGGAGAAUUUAUGUACCUAAGAUGGAUCUAGCCUUACAAUAAUCACAAAAGAACUGAAGAUUGGUCUGUCUCAGAAAUGUAAAUGUUGACAGGUGUAGACAUUGAUUUGUUCUUUGGAGAUACUUUAUUUAAGCAAGCGCUGUAUUAAAAAAAAAAUCACUGUUUGAAAUAGUGAAUGGUGCACUUUAUAUAUGCCUUUUUUGGAGGCAACAUUCCUGAUACUGUCUGGAAUCUAAUAUGCAGAGCCUUUAGCCCUGUUUUGCCCCUGGUUCUCUAUGAAAAAUACCCAGCUGUUUAGCACUAUAGCUUAAAUAAAUAUUUUGAAUGAUAA